GGCGCGAGCUCGCGUGCGCGCGCGCCUCCUGAACCGUGCGACCGUCGCGAGCGAGAGGUCCAGGUAGCUAAGGCGGCCGUCGAGGUGCAUGGGCUCGAAGUAAGCUCGGCCGAGGAGAGGCGUCACCGACGGGAGGAUGACGAUCUCGUACGCGAGCGAGGUGCCGAACGGCUCGGCCUUCGGCUGCUUUUGGAGGAUCCUCGUCAAAUGGCGCGGAUCCGUGUACAAGUUGAUCUGGCGAGAACUUCUGGUCUACCUACUAGCUUACUACGUCAUUAAUUUUAUUUAUCGAUACGCGCUUAACGAAGAGCAGCAAAGGGUAUUUGAGAGGAUUCGUUACUACUUUGGCAAUUCGAGCGAAUCGAUACCGAUGUCUUUUGUGCUGGGCUUUUACGUGAGUCUGGUCGUGAAGAGGUGGUGGGAGCAAUACAAGCUCUUACCUUGGCCAGACAAUCUCGCCCUUUUUAUUAGCGCCGCGAUCCCAGGAAACGACGAACGUGGCCGUCUGAUGCGCCGUAAUAUCGUUCGGUAUGCUGUUCUCGCAUACGUAAUAACGCUUCAGAGGAUCUCGCUGCGGGUGAAGCGCCGAUUUCCGACCCUCCAGCACAUCGUCGACGUUGGCCUCAUGAUGGAGUCGGAGAAAAAGAUCUUCGAGAUGAUGAACAAAAAGGCGGCCAUGUCCAAGUAUUGGAUGCCCCUCGUCUGGGCGACGAACAUCAUCAACAGGGCGCGCAAGGAGCAGCUGAUAACGAGCGACCACGUGGUGCAGACGCUGCUGGUCGAGCUGAGCGACAUCCGCAAGAAGCUGGGCGGCCUUAUCGGCUACGACACCGUUUGCGUGCCGCUCGUUUAUACACAGGUGGUUACACUAUCUCUCUACGCAUAUUUUUUCUCGGCUCUUUUAGGACGUCAGUUUAUAUCUCAGACUGAGGCUUGCGUCAGUGGAAAAUACGAGGUCCCGGAUAUGUAUUUUCCAUUCUUUACCGCUCUGCAGUUUUGUUUUUACGUCGGCUGGUUAAAAGUAGCCGAAGUUUUAAUAAAUCCUUUUGGAGAAGAUGAUGACGAUAUCGAACUCAAUUGGCUGAUCGACCGUCACAUAAAGGCUGGCUACAUGAUCGUGGACGAGAUGCACGAGGAGCACCCGGAGCUGCUAAAGGACCAAUACUGGGACGAGGUCGUGCCCAAGGAUCUCCCUUAUACGGUCGCGAGCGAACAGUACCGGAAGGAAGAGCCCAAGGGCUCGGCCGAGCACUACAAGGUCAAGGAUAGUGACGCACUCUACGCCAACGUCUUCCUGGGCUCGCACGUGCACGGCCACAACGGGCACCGGACCAGCAAAGCCGCCCACAUGCAAGACGACGUCUACGCCGAUUACGAAAGCGUGGACACGCCUCUGGUGGAGAGGAGAAAGAAUUGGCUGCAACGCCAGAUAACGAGGAUGGGCUCGGUACGGAGCAGUUCCACGACCUACAGCAGCAGCGGCGCCGGCGGCUUUUUUUCUCGCAAUCGUCACAAUAGCGUCUACAGCAGCCCGGAGACGGCUCAGGCGGGUAACGCCAUGUCACAGACACAGAACAAUCCCAGCUUCAAGAUAUCUCUUUACGACCGGCUGAGGCGAAAGAGCAUUCAGAGCCAACGCAUGGGUCGACAAGGUACAUUGCCGAAGCUGAAUUCCAUACCGAUAUCUCUGAAGAACCGGCCGCGGAUUCCAACGCCGGACGUGACGAAGGAGGUGGUCGACCGGGAGCAGCGGCUCGCCCUCUCGGCGACCAAUACCGCGAGCAUCGGUGCAGGCGUCAUUGGCAUGAUACCGCCCCCGGCUUACCACCACAACAACGCCGGGAAUAUCGCGGACGUGCCGGUGCUCCAACUCGUCGUCGGCAGCAGCACCACCGCACCGGGACUUGUCCUCACGCCCAUUCAAGAGAAGACGGAAGGCACGCCGGUGUCGAGGCCAACUGCAGCGGCUGCCCAUUUAGCCCAGGCGGUGCUGCCCCAAAGUCUCAAGGCCGCGAGUUUCGUGACGGUAUCGCCACAGGCACUCCCAGUAACGAUGGGUCAACUGACGCGACUCGUAUCUGGCAUUGCAACGAACUCGACACCAGGACACCAUCACCAGCAGCAUCAUCAUCACCAACAACAACAGCAGCAACAGCAACAGCAACAGCAACAGCAACAGCAACAGCAACAGCAACAGCAACAGCAACAGCAACAGCAACAGCAACAGCAACAGCAACAGCAACAGCAACAGCAACAGCAACAGCAACAGCAACAGCAACAGCAGCAGCAACAACCACCUACUCACGAGGUCUACAGCACGAGGUCGCCUAUCGUCGUCGACCCCGAGAACCUCGAUAAGUUCGCCAGCUUCUCGCCCAAUCAUCGCGACUGGAGUCUACAGAACUACGUGAUGCAAGCGACGGAUCACAGAGCGACGCGAUCCGAAGCAAAGGGCCGGCGCUCGACGUCCCUCCCAGGACCACCGGUGACGGUAAUAAGCCACCAGGUACGCGAGGACCGCAGCAUGUCCCUGCCCCACUCGCUCGGCCUUCAUCAUCAGGCGGAGAUGAAAGUAGACCCCGCGACGCCGAGGCUCGAGAGCCUCUGCGUGGAGAGGCUGCAGCCGCCCGUGCAAAGGCCAAGAAGUGGCAGCUUCGACCAGACGGCGAGGAAGAGCGCGGAGGAGGUGUUAAGGAAGAUCAGCUUCAGCGGCAAUGGGGCCACGGGCACGGGGAACGCACCCGUGGCCAGUAGCAAACGCGGCGAGGUAUACGUCUGACGAUCGCUCAUCUCCUACGGCUUCGUCUACUCCCUUCUUCGUCCUUCGCACUGCUGUCUGGUAUUCACGACUCUUAGCCCACGGAGCCGGAUUAUGCAGCUCUCGGUGGAGUGGAUUUCGUGCCCGACAAGCUGCUGCGGCGAAUAGCGAUUAGUAGAAAGUCAAUGGGGAGUAACUCUUAUUCAAAUUCGUAACUAUGUGUGACAUUGAUGCUUGCGAAUUUUCCUGCUGUAUGGUUGUUGAUCAAAUCAGCAGUCAAUGGCAGUUAGAAUGCAAUUUUCCUUUUCAUUUUUUUUUUCUUGAUUGAUUCUUUUGUUUAUCAACGAAAUUGGUAUUGCGCUCAGUUACGCUUGUAUUAUUCUGAUUUAACAGUUAAGAAUUGUUAUAUCAUAUCAGUUCUUCAAAGAACGAUAUUUUUUAAUGGAAUAAGUAAAUAGAAAGUAAUGAUAUUAUUUUCUACUAGU